AUGUCCGACCCAUCUCCUACAGCAAAAGCAGGUCCUUCUUGUUCCCCCUCGUCACCCCCAAGAACCCCUCCCACCACUCAUACUUCCUCCUCGGAGCAAGAUAAUGCCUCUGUUUCUGCUCAUCUAGCAAAUCGCCGUCGUCGAUCUUCCUUGUCAUUCUGGUCGAGAUCCGCCAAACAAACACUGAAACAACAUAUACAUCUUUCGUCAAAAGUGGACGAAGAGGAUGAGGGGGAUCUGGAAGAGGAGUUGAGAAAGGUGCAGGAAGAACAGGCUAGGUUAUGUCAGCAGAUGGGGGUAGGAAUCAAGGUCAUGAGAGAAGGGAAGGAAUGUAGAGUAGAAGAUCUGCAAGUCGGUACGGAAGGGAAGCAAGAGUAUGUGUGGGAUGUGCUGUUCGAGAAUCAAAGAGGUAUCUAUUUCCUUGGAAAAGCUUACUUCUCUUCUUCCACCCUCUUACCUAUCGAUCCUUCCCCAUUCACCGUCCCCUCCCACCCCAUACCCUCAGCAUCUUCAUUUUCCAUCAAACCACCCGGCUCAGCGAUUCACGAUCAACCCAAACGUUCUCGACCCAAAGACAAACCUAUAACCCAAAGAAGUAUCAAAACUCUUUACACUCCUGAAACCUACCAGACACCAUCCCCAGAAUGGGAAUAUCUCACACCGUGGAUGAUCAACAUGCGUAUUGGUACCGACGAACUGGGAUGGAGAUAUAACGCUUGGUUCCGUCAGAGAGGAUGGGGGAGUCAUGCUGGUGCAAUGGGUUGGGGAGGCUGGGUAAGGAGGAGAGAAUGGGUAAGACUGAGAUGUUUGAGACCAACUGCGGAUUUGGAAAACCCAUCAAGCGACAGUCUAAGUCCGGAAGGGAACAGAGAAGAGGGAGUAUCAUCUACCCGUAUUGGUAAAGGGGAGGAAACCCUUUCGAAUGUGUUGUCGGGUGAAGGAGAAAUCAUGGAAGGGGUUUUGAGAAGUAUGAACCGACUACCACUCGAUCGACUGAGGUUAGCAGCUUGGGAAGAAUGGAUAAAAGGAGCAGAUACUAGGGAGAAAAGGCGGUUGGAGGAUCUAUUGAAGGAUGAGAUGAAUACCUCGCCAUUGGGCGAACCAUUGGACUCACCACGGGCCUCACAAUCUUCUGUACAAGAGAACAAACCACUGUCCCCUCUGGAUGCGCCAUUAUCGACUCAGGAGGGCAACACAGAGUCGGAGAAAUGGAAUCUGGCGGUGAAGACGACUGUGACAUCUGAUCUUAGUUCCAAUUUGGGAAACCCUGGUGAAUACGACAUGCCAACUCUCAUUGUGUUGUAUACUGCGUUCACUCUGACUCGUAUACCAAGCCAGAGAACUCUGCAGCUGCAAUUUGAUAUCAAGUACUCUUGCCACCCUGGUUUUGCUUUGGUGAGAAACUCGUGCAACACCGCCAUCAGAGCACUUGACACUGGCAACCGCAAGUAUGUGUUGCCAUCAAUUGCUGAGAAACGAGGGGAUCUUCAUAAGAAAGUGAGCGACAUGACCGACAGUCAAGUAGAAGACCUUCUCAAGGAAGACUAUUCUAACCAAGUGGCCUUUGUAGAUGGAGAGUGGUGGGCACAAGACGCUGGGAAACGGCUAUUUCAAGUCUUCAAGGAAUCUGAGGUAACAACCAAAGUGCACCAGUAUAGUGCAGCUACUUGGAACUUGUCACGGGCGGGGUCUUAUCCCCAAAGGGUGGGGAACAACCUGUUUGGAGGGGGUUUAUAUCCACAGCAAAACAGGCUGAACUGCAAAACUACAACAAUAAGCUACGGAAGAACUGCUAAACAUAUUUGCAAUUCUCUUCAAGAGAAUUGGCAAUCCUGA